AUGAUCGAUAGUAGAUUAAAAUCGACACAGAACCAACCUCUGUUCGAAGUUCUAGAUCCCGCCGAUGACUCCUUGAUUAUUAAAGUGCCCGAUUUCUCUGCAGCUGAUGCUAAAAAAAGUAUUCACAUUGCUGCUGAGGCAUUCAAAACAUGGAGAGAAUUUACAGCCAAGGAACGCUCAUUAAUACUUAGGAACUGGUAUAAUACUUGCGAGAAAAAUAGUGAUUAUAUAGCAGAAGUUAUAACUGCUGAGUCUGGAAAGCCGUUGGCUGAAUCUAAAAGUGAAGUUGCUUAUGGUAACUCGUUUCUGGAGUGGUUUGCUGAUUGUGCUCGUCAUAUUAAUGGAGAAAUUAUCCCCAGUCCAUGGCUUAACAAGCACAUCUUGCUUACAAGGCAGCCACUAGGGGUAGUGUCUGUUAUUACGCCAUGGAAUUUUCCUUUUGCUAUGAUAACUAGAAAGGCUGGCGCUCUUAUGGCUGCAGGCUGUACAUGUGUAAUCAAACCCUCUGAAGAAACUCCUUUAUCGGCUCUGGUUGCGGUUGAGCUCGCAGAAAAAGCUGGUGUUCCUCAAGGUGUCGUCAAUGUUAUCACAACCAGCAGAAAGAAUGCUGCCCAAGUUGGCACUGCUAUGUGCGCAGAUGAUGACACUCACUGCGUAUCUUUUACUGGCUCGACUAAUGUUGGUAAGAUUUUAUACAAAUAUGCUUCUAGGAACGUCAAGAGAGUUGUUCUUGAAUUAGGUGGAAAUGCUCCGUUUAUAGUCUUUCCCAGUGCUGAUAUAGAAAAUGCUCUAGAACAAGCAAUGCUUGCUAAAUUUAGGAAUAAUGGUCAAACGUGUGUCUCCGCAAACCGAUUUCUGAUACAUACAGAUGUUUAUGAUAAAUUUGUUAGUGGGUUUAAACAACGUAUUGAACAAAAGUGUAUACUAGGGCCUGGGAAAAAAAAGGGAGUUACUUGUGGCCCUUUAAUCAAUAAUCAACAAGCAAAGAUGAUAUCUCAAUUAGUAAAUGAUGCCUUGCGCGAAGGCGCACACCUUUUGAUAGGCGGCCAAUUUGCAACCGAGCUUGGUAAUAAGUUUUACAAGUCCACAAUUUUAACAAAUGUAUUGCCUCAUAUGAAAAUAUUCCAUGAAGAAAUUUUUGGUCCAGUUGUACAAAUCACGAAGAUAAAAAGUGAAGAAGAAGCCAUUGAGUUUGCAAAUAGAAUUAAUGGCGGUCUUGCUUCUUAUGUUUUCACAAAAGACCUUGGGCAGGCUUUCAGAAUGUCAAAAAGACUUGAUUAUGGCAUGGUUGCAAUUAAUGACGGUGUAUUAUCUUGCCCAGAGUCAGCAUUUGGAGGAACUAAAGAGAGCGGAAUUGGUAGAGAAGGAAGUUUACAUGGCGCUUUAGAUUACACUGAUAUUAAAUACACGCUCCUAUCUGGUCUGUCUAAAAUACAAGAAGUGGACGACAGUUUCUUUGAAAAGUUUGGGUCUAUAUUGAAACAAGUCUCACAAAAAGCAGCGUUAGAGGAAUCCACCCCUUUGGCUCCUUUGAAAGAGAUUGAGGAAAAUGACGGCGAGCAAAAGGUGGAGAAUUAUUUACAGACCGAAACUCGAAGUAUACCCCGAGAUUCUGACAGCGGAUGUGAGACUCUGCUGGACACAGACUCCGAACCCGACGAACAUGAGAAAAUAGACCGCUACGUGGAGGCUGUUGGUUGGAAUGUGGACGAACUUUAUUUGGAAGUACUUUAUGAAAUUUUACACAAUGUCGGGGGAUGUGACGUAGGUUGCGAAGUGGGACAGCACGCAAUGCUGUCCUAUGUGCAAGAAGCAUUCAAGAUUGCUAAUGACAAGCACACACAUUUACUAACACAAGCUGAGGCUAAAGAACCGCCUGAGUUGAUGUUGAACGUCGAGGUGGUUGAAGCUAAAGACAUCGUUCCUAAGGACCCUAACGGACUGAGUGAUCCCUUCGUCACGAUAUAUCUAAUGUCUAAUCCCACACAUAGAUACAACACAUCAGUGAAAUCUAGUACCCUUAAUCCAGUUUGGGAAGAACACUUUUCAUUACCGAUGCCUGGUAGUGUUCACGAGGAUUCGCUCUGUUUGGAAGUGUGGGAUUUUGAUCCUGCAGAGACAGUCAAAGAGAAAAUGACAAAAAUAUUUGAAGUAAAAGGCGUGAAAGGUCUUCGGAAACUAAUGAAAGAGAUUGCCAUUACCGCUUCAACUGGAAAACAUGAUAAUGAACUAAUCGGCACUUCCAAUAUACCGCUAAAGUCGAUUCCCGCGGGCGGUAUGACAAUGUGGUUCAGUCUUAGCAAAAAAAGCAAAUUAAAAAGACAGGGUGUAGUGAAGGUACGCCUAAACUUUUCCUCAGAGAAAAACGCACAGGUUGCUGCCCAAGAACAUCGACAUCUCCUCCGAAUCAUUCUACUGCACGAGCUGGAGAACUCUAAGGUUGCGCCGUACUGGUGGUGUGGUAACUUCAGUGCACCGGCUGAAGCGAUCUUAACGCAGCACGCGGCGCAAAGCGGGCUCAGCUUAGCGGACAAUAAUUUAGUGCAGUGGGCGGUUUACUGUGCUGUUACCACUGACCAUCCACUCAGCUUCGCACUCUUCAACUCUCUGCUGGACAAGAUUACUAAACCGUUACAAUCUGGUCUGGUAAAUGAAGAGGACGUCAAGCUGUUCUGGGAUGGCGCAAGAAAACUACUUCCCACAUGCUAUAGUCACAUCAGAAAACUGAGAAAAAAGACUGCCGGUGAUAAAACUGUAAUGAAAACUCUAAGAGAAGUUCUAAAAAUUCUUUACAAGCUCUCAGUUUUGGAUAUACCUGAGACUUUAGACUUAUUUCCAAUGAACCUCUAUGGUUGGCUGCGAGAUGAUAAAGGCAAGCUGACGAUUAAUGAGGUUUUAAACCAAGCGGUGAUACAGGGAGCCUCCGAUUGGUUCGUUCAUAUCUUGGACAGCAAUGAGUGUAAGGAAAACACAGAGGAUACUAGGCUACGACAUUUGAUUAGAGUUAUUCAGCUAGUACGGUCAGAUUUGCAACGAGCGGUAGAAUAUUAUGAUCGCGUUUUCGUUGAAGUAAUGAGUUUCCCCUAUUCAAAAGCAUUAUAUGGGUUGUAUGAAAGCAAGAUUGCGUCACUAGUGGAGGCGGAAAUAGUGGAAGUGUGUAAGAGCUUGAAGAGGCUGAGAUACAGUGACGCUUCAACGUCAACGGUUCACUUGGCUGGUGGACUCAAUGGAGUUACAGGCCUUGGCGCCACAGAAGUUGAAGCAGAGCCUUUGACUAUGGGAACUACGCUGUUUGAACUGUAUCUUACUUUACAAAGAUUCCUAACGUAA